UUGAAUUUUGGCUUAAUUGUACUAAAUUUCAGCAGUCCCAUCAAACUCAAUUCGGAAUUCCACCUGGAUGUCGUCAAUCGGAAUAGUGUCUACAAAGAGCGUUUUCCAAAGGCUAAGGUCCAGAUGGAAGAAAAAUUGGCGGCAUUUGUUGCCGAACACGCACCACUGAGCGGUGGCUCGUCAACGGGAGACAAUGACACGGGUCAAGAUGGCGUGAAUAAUCGCCGUUCAAUGGUCUUGGAAACGGAAACUUCUACUAAUCGUACGCUGCUGCGAUUGAUUGGCGAUGGAGCUACUCGAUUUUUGCAUCAUCAAAUUGUGGAGGUAGCAUCGGAUUGUUUGGCUCGUUCACGUGAUGAAACCAUAUCGUGUUCGUAUUUUUGCGAGAUGAGUCAGAGACUUGAUGAAACACUGAACGAGGCUCAGAUAAAGACAUCGCCCGAGUCCUUUGCGUACCUCUCGAAAUUGGUGAAGCAACUGUUGAUGAUAGUAAGCCGACCAGCACGACUGCUGGAAUGCCUGGAGUUUGAUCCGGACGAGUUUUACCAUCUACUUGAAGAGGCCGAAGGUGUCGUGAGAGAGCAGUUGGGUAGCGGUACUGCACGUGUACCAGAUUUACCGCAAUAUAUUAUUGGAAAGCUCGGGCUCGAUCGUGAUCCAUUAAUGGAUGUGGACCCACGAGCAGAAUCACCACCAAACGCUGCGCCGUCAGCAGCGCCACAUCGCGACGAUGAGAUGGUGCCAGGGCACUCUGGAAAGUCCGAGGGCACACAACAACGAGCGCCUCGUGAAGACGAUUUUGAGACGAUCCGGUUGGUCAGUAAUGGAGCCUACGGAGCUGUAUAUCUGGUGCGGCAUCGCGAGACACGGCAACGUUUUGCGUUGAAGAAGAUGAACAAACAGACGUUGGUGCUGAGAAACCAGGUCGAUCAGGUAUUUGCCGAACGCGAUAUACUGACAAUGACCGACAACCCGUUUGUGGUCUCGUUCUAUGGUUCAUUCGAAACUAAACAUCAUCUUUGUAUGCUAAUGGAGUACGUUGAAGGUGGCGACUGUGCAGCAUUACUGAAAAGUGCUGGCACUUUGCCAAUCGAUUUGGCCAAGGACUGUGCUGUGCUAAGAGUAUCUGCACUCAUAUGCCUACUCAUCACUGCGAUGGGUCACAUCAAGCUGACAGAUUUCGGGUUGUCGAAAAUUGGUCUCAUGAAUCGAACAACCUUGGUAGCUGAAGGUUUUGAAAACGCGAUCGAUACUCAGCAGGUUCAAAGACAACAACUUGUGGUACUCCUGAAGUACAUCGCACCUGAAGUGAUUCUUCUGCGUCAGGGUUACGGUAAACCGGUGGAUUGGUGGGCACUGGGUGUGAUUUUGUACGAGUUUCUUGUCGGUUGUGUACCAUUUUUCGGAGAUUCGCCAGAGGACCUGUUCUCCAAAAAGAAGUGGAGUAUCCUGAUGGCGACGAAGCGUUACCGGCGUGAAGCAGAAGAUCUGAUUCAAGGCGUUUGCUUGAGAAACCCCGAUGGACGAUUGGAGCCAUCUAUUCGGCCGCCCACUCAACUAUAUGGCGGGCAUGCCGUUUUCUUCGCCAUCACUAGACUUACAACAACACUCUUUCGCGCCAAAAAGCUGACUCGUGCUGAUCGUUACAAUCAUGAUGCGGAAUCAUGUGGUGAGGAAGAAGCAGCGAAUGCCGUUGCGGCUGCGGCUCCAAUGUUCCACUCGUUUUCGACAGCCAGCCCUCGACAUUCAAUAGUCGCUGUCGAGCAGAUUCCGCCACCUCAGACGGUCUCCGUGCAAACCCCUCAGUCGAAGCGUUCACGAAAACCGUCGUCGACCACUCAGUCCAGUGAAGAUCAGUCGAUCACCGAUCUCAUCGACGAGAAGGAGUGUCCAAUACCAUCGGCCAUGCUUCUGAGGCGGCGGUUCUCCGCUCAACGCCAAGCAAAUGUCUCCACUUCGUCGAGUGGAACCACCGGUACGGGUUGCCUGAACACUGCCUGCUCAUCGACGGAUAGCAGUAUGGAUUCGUCCCAUGUGAGCACGAUUAUUGUGGGAAUGGACGCAAGAAAGUCACCAUUGCCUCGCUUUGCUAUCUCAUGCGAUCCAUCGGAAGAGCAGCACCAUCAUUCACCCGUCUGUAAAGAGUUAUCACCUGUUGACGAAGCGGUCAGAUUUAGGUCUCAUUCGCCAUCCCCACUGCAGCUGGUCAUACCAACCACUUCGGCUCCCGCACAGCAAGCAAGCUCAAGUAGCAACGAUACUUGUUAUGUGGUGUCCACAGGACAAGUGUCGCCUGGCGCUGUGUCGGCAUCGUCAGUGUCAUCCUACGAUGGCACCUCAUCGCACGUCCAUCACGUCGAGCAGCUGAGUCCUGCCCAGCCGCUAGAUAAACCACCAAUCACUAUUAGAAAGGGUCCGUUCGGUUUUGGCUUCACCCUCAAAUCGGUGCGAGUUUAUUUAGGAGAGCACUCGGACUACUAUACGAUAGAGCAUAUCGUAACGGCUGUCGUAGAAGGUAGCCCUGCAUACGAAGCCGGAUUACGAAGCGAUGACCUGAUCACAGCGGUGAAUGGACAACCGGUUCACAACCUGACUCAUCCACAACUGAUGCAUCGCCUGUUGAGUUAUGGAAAUGAAUUGUCAUUGAAGGUAACUCCACUUGCGUCCACGUCCAUCAAGGAAGGUGCACCGCGGAAAACGCUGGGCAAGCUGGCGAAGAAGAAGCCGAAACGUCCACAACGUCGAGUGCCUUUGGACAAAAAGCCAAGGAAACCGUCAUCCCUUCUGCGGCGUUUGAGCGGCAAAAGAGCGGCAAAUGACAUCGUGCCAGGUAGCUCAAGCCAGAAGCAGACAUUCAUGCCAAGAUCUGUGUCCAGUCAAGAUGGAGCAAUUCUCGGCGGUCCGCCGACCACCACCUGCCCUCCAUCUUCUUCAACAUCCAGUGGAAGCGGCGCAAUGGCUGGUGUCACUGGCCAGAAGUCCGUCUGCCAUAAGCGCCUGUCAGAUGUGGGAUUGAGAGAGGAAAAUCAGUCUCCUCUAGUGUCGUCGCGACCUUCAUCUCUCAGAGGCCUUAAACAGCCCCCACCAUUAACGACAUUCGGUCCUGGAACGUCUAGUACUAGUGUGAACGUUGUCAAAUUGCCAACAUCGCCGAUACCAGUGAGCCCGCUAGCCAGAUCAGAGCACUCAGAUGCUGGACCGAUUGUGACCAGGUCUCCAAGCCCUUCGUCUGGAAACAAGUUCAUCGCCAGUGGUCGAUCGUUUCUGCGUAUGCUUCAUCGCGAUGAGAAGCACUGA